CUCUCUUCAACCUUCAGUUUCCUUAUCCUUCACCUCUCUUCCAAUAACGUUAUCUCAAUAAACAGAAACAUAUACUUAUCAGUUAUUCAUAUAUCCUCUUUUCAGAUUUUCGCUCUGUCCUUCUUCUUCAUCUUCCACUGUCAUGGAGUUUCAGAGACCUCACUUUUCUGUUGUUCUCUGUUUCACUCUGUUCAGUCUUCUCUGUUAUUGUUCUCAGGCGUAUGUGUUCUAUGCUGGUGGAAGAGAUGGAUGGGUUUUGAACCCUUCUGAGAAUUACAAUCACUGGGCAGAGAGAAACAGGUUUCAGGUCAAUGACACUAUUGUUUUCAAGUACAAGAAGGGGUCGAAUUCGGUUUUGGUGGUGAACAAGGAUGGUUACGACAAAUGCAAUAAGACUGAUCCGGUCAAGAAAUUUGAUGAUGGUGAUUCAGUGUUCAAGUUUGAUCGAUCGGGACCGUUUUACUUUAUUAGUGGGAUGGAUUAUUAUUGCGAAAAGGGUCAGAAAUUGAUCGUUGUGGUUUUGGCCAUCAGAUCGCCUCCUCCUCCCCCCUCUGUUUCCCAACCUCCGGUGGCCAAUCAACCGUCUCCGGCGAUUUCACCAUAUCCAUCACCGAAGAUAUCUCCCUCACCGCCAGCUCCGGCUGUUUCACCAUAUCCAGCACCCAAGAUAUCUCCCACAUCGCCAGCUCCUUCAAUAACCCCUCCGGCUGUUUCCCCAGCACCGGCUAAUGUGCCUUCCUACCCAACACCGGCGUCUGCUCCGGCUCCGGCAAAAACAUCACCCACACCAUCCCCUGCGAAUCCACCAGCUUAUUCUCCAACGUCACCGCCGUCUCCUGCGACAUCGACCCCUGGAUCGUCACCGCCCGCACCUCCGGCAACCACUCCAUCAUCUGUUCCAGGGUCAUCGGAAACACCUUCGGCGAGCCCCCCAGGAUCAGCGAACCCGUCGUCGUCGAAUGAAACAUCGCGGGCUCCACCAACUGGAUCAGGUGCAUGGGUGGUGGCUCCGUCAGGCUUACUGGUGUAUUCUGCUGCCAUUGUGCUGAGUGCUGCUCUCAGUGGAAUUUUGGGUGGACAGGAAAAGAGAUUAUUAUUAUAAUUUAUAAUCUAAAAUUAAUUGUUUGAGAGCUGGCCUGCAUAUAUUUUCUUGAGAGUUAUUUUUUGAAUUUCUUUUUUUUUUGCGAUUAUUUUUCAUGCUUUGGACGUGAUUUUGUGACCUUUUUAAUAGGAGAGAUCUUUUCUCAGUUCUCACCUCUCACUAUUAAAGUAUUAUUGGUGUAUUUUGUGUAAAAAAUAUCCUAAACGUUGGAAUUUGAUCAUCGAAUUAUUUGUUUGUUUUGUCCCCAGUUUA